AUGCACUUGCCUCUCCUCCCGCUCCACGCCUCUCCCGCGCUGCUCGCCUCCUCCUCGCCAGAGGCGGAGACGGCCCGCUGGAUGGUCGCACGCUCCGACUGGGGCUACGUCACGACGCUAACGGACGGCGCGCCGAGCGCAGCGGUGCUGUCGCUCUCCGACUCGGCGUGCAGUGACGCUGCGUGCCACUCUGGCCGGCUCUUCUUUUACAUCGCAACCUCCGUCGCAGCAUCGCAACCGGGCGCCUCCUCUCUCGCCGACGCGGACUCGGGCUGCAACGCCUCUCUCACCCUCUCGCAAGCCGCCCUAAACCGCUCAACGGGCUGCGAGGCGGCGGCGCUGGACCCGGAGGACCCGCGCUGCACCAAACUGACGCUCUCGGGGAGACUGGCGCGGACGCAGGGCCCGGCCACUGCCCUCGGCCGGGCGGCGCUCUUUGCCCGCCACCCGCAGAUGCGGCGCUGGCCCGCCUCGCACGGCUUCGAGGUCUUCGAGCUCCGUCCGGCCGACGUCUGGAUGAUCGACUUUUACGGCGGAGGGGCGCACAUCCCGCCCGGGGAGUACUACGCCGCCACGCCGCGCCACAACGUGCCCCCUUCCGCCGCCAGCACCGCCGCCACCGCCGCCACCACUGCCACCGCCGCCGCCGCCACCGCCCCGCCGCCGGCGCGGAACCGCUCCUCCGCUUCGCUCGCCCGCUGGCUCGUGUACCACUCCGGCUGGUACCAGCGCGUGCGCCUCGAGAACGAGUACUACACGACGCUGCUUCAGCUUGCCGAGCCGACCCGCGCGGGCGCGGCAGGAGGCGGUGCUGUGCUGCGUCGAGGGAAGCGCGCGAGCGGCGAGGGCAUCGUCUCGCCCGACGCGUCCACCAAGCGCGCCCGCGCGACGCAGUCCAGCCCUCUCCGCGACGUCGGCCCCUUCCAAGCCAACGGCUCGCUCCUCCUUGGCGGCUGGCCGGGGGCGCAGCAGCAACAGCAGCAGCAGCAGCAGCAGCAGCCCAUCGUUGAGCAUGUGGUCUCGAUGGAGGCGUGACGCGCCGCCCUUCGCUCCGCCCUGCAGCGGGCAGGCGCGGCCCGGGUGAGGGGAAGUUCCACAGCCGCGCUCCCGCCUGGAGGGACGCGUGUCCAGUGUUGCCAUGUAUUUAUCGAACGGGGACGGCCCCAGGGCGGGUGUCCCAUCGUCGGGAGGGCGGGGUCGGGAGGUCCGGACCGGGGGCCGGCAAGGAGCCUAACGUCUGUCUCCCGUCUCCGCUCCGCUGUUUGGCGCCUGCUGCCUGUGGCCCCGCGCGCCUCGUCCGCCGUCGUGACUGUCACACGCUCAGCUUCGCAUACGUUAUUUAUUCUCAACACAUUGGUUUAACAUCUUAAA